AUGGUUAUCACAUUACCAAAAUUAAAAUAUGCGUUAAAUGCUUUAUCACCCCACAUAAGUGAAGAAACAUUAAGUUUUCAUUAUAAUAAACAUCAUGCAGGAUAUGUAAAUAAAUUAAAUACAUUAAUAAAGGAUACUAAUUAUGCCAAUAAAUCAUUAAUAGAUAUUUUAAAAGAAUCAACGGGAGCAAUUUUUAAUAAUGCAUCUCAAGCAUGGAACCAUGCAUUUUAUUGGGAUUCUAUGGGACCAAAUUGUGGGGGAGAACCACAUGGAGAAAUUAAAGAAAAAAUUGAAACAGAUUUUGGAUCAUUCAGCAACUUUAAAAAUGAAUUUUCAAAUGUUUUGUGUGGCCAUUUUGGUUCAGGCUGGGGUUGGCUAGCUUUAAAUAAUAAAAAUAAAUUGGUAAUUUUACAAACCCAUGAUGCAGGAAAUCCAAUAAAAGAUAACACUGGUAUUCCUAUAUUAACUUGUGAUAUAUGGGAACAUGCUUAUUAUAUUGACUAUAGAAAUGAUAGAGCAUCUUAUGUAAAAGCAUGGUGGAAUUUAGUAAAUUGGAAUUUUGCCAAUGAAAAUUUAAGAAAUGCUAUGAACAAAUAA